AUGUACGGACAACCACCGCACUACGACGGUCGACGGCGGCGAUCGCCACCACACAGUGGCGGAAUCCGACAGCGAUCGCUAUCACACAACGGCGGAAUCCGGCGACUAUCGCCACCACACAACAGCAGAAUCCGGCAGCUAUCGCCGCCACUUAAUGGUAGAAUCCGGCAGCUAUCGCCACCGCACAAUGGCAGAAUCCGACAGUUAACGCCACCACUUAGUGGUAGAAUCCGGCAGCUAUCGCCACCGCACAUAGGUAGAAGCCGGGAGCUAUCGCCACCACUUACUGGUAGAAUCCAGCAGCUAUCGCCGUUACACUAUUGUAGAAGGCGGGAGCUAUCGCCACCACUUAGUGGUAGAAUCCCGCAGCUAUCGCCACCACACAGCGGAAGAAUCCGGCAGCGAUCGCCACAACACAACAUGAGAAUCCGGCAGCUAUCGCCACCAAGCCAGCAGCUAUCGCCACCAUACAACGUCCGAAGCCGGCAGAUAUCGUCACCAUACAGUGAUAGAAGCCAGCAGCUAUCGCCACCACUUAAUGGUAGAAUCCGGUAG